AUUCCUUUUCUUCAUCACCCUUUGCCAGGUCUCCACUUUCCUUGGUCUUGAUCGAAGGUCUAAAUGACAAUGUUGCACCUCGCAUUGCUCAUCGCCGCGGUUGCGCUGCUAGCGGCACCUGGUCCUGGUCGGGUAGCCGCACAGUCCAACGACUGCCACAGUGCUCCGCUGCUCCCUCUCGGAGUCAGCCCGAUUUUCUACAACUACACAAUUCCAGCAAACCCGUUUCCGUGCCCCGAUGCGCCUGCGCAAAUUUGCAUGGUCUGGAGGGUCCGAACCACAGUGUCUUACACAAUACAACUGACAUCGUGUGAAUACGUCGCCGAUACGUCAUUUACCUUGCGAACCGAUUGCAAUACCGGCCACUUUGGCGACUCGACCUCCUUGGUCUACAACGACAACAUUGGAGGAGGCUGCCCACCCUCCGCAACAUCAUCGUCCAUUUUGUUCACGCUGACGCCCAAUGUGGAUUACUUCUUCAGUCUCGGAGGCCCUGCAUCAACACUGCCAACUCAAGCGGCGUUCGGGCUGGGUUAUGCCUGUGCCGAGGGGGAAACCAACCACGACGCCUUUUCGGCCCCCAAGUCACACUUAUCGACUCCUUGUGUGACUUGCUCGCGUGGUCAGUACCUUCCCGCUGGGUCGAAGGGACCUUGCUCAAGCUUCAACUGCAGCAUCGGCACUGUCGAUCACGAUAGCAAUCCAGCGACCGCCUGUCUCGUUGCUGGCCCUGGCAAUGAUGCGACUUCGUCUGGGUUGUAUGGUCCCAUCGCCAACUUUAAAGUCGUUGCUGGUCGAUACGACCACGACAGCAAUUCGUCGACGCCCUCAAUCGCCUGUCCCGCCGGCAAUUACGCACCUGUUGGCAGCACGACCUGCACCCCGUGCUCUGCUGGCACUUGGGACCACGAUGGCUCAUCGGCGACCGCUUGCGUGGCUUGCACCGCUUGCACACCCGGGUCAACCUACGAAUCAACGACCUGCACCGCCACCACCAAUAGAGUCUGCUCUACCUGCGCCACAUGCGGCCAAGGACUUUUCGCCAGCCCGGCGUGCACUGUGACGGCCAAUGCUGCCUGCGCGAGCUGCACUUCCAUCACCAAUUGCACGACCACUGGCCUUACUUGCACCUCGAACUCGAAUCAGCAAUGCGGCUUGUGCCAGACUGGCAGCUAUGUCACUCUUGCAGGACUCUGCGCUCCGUGUACUGGGUGUGGCUCGGAAACGUACCAAACCGCUGCUUGCAACGGUCUGACAGACCUGACCCAGUGCACCAGCUGCACUAUUUGCGGCGCGAAUCAGUACCAAGCUACUCCUUGCGGCGGCACGGUCGACCGCACUUGCGCUGCUUGCGCGACUUGCACUGCUGGACAGUACCAAAGCGCGGACUGCUCGCCAACAGCCAAUCGAGUGUGCACGGCUUGCACUCCGGUUGCCAACUGCACUUCCAGCGUCCACUGCACCACCAGCUCGGACUCGUUUUGCGUCGACUGCAGUUCCUGCCCGCAAGGACAGUACAUUGCGACGGCGUGCACGGCUGUUCUUGGUCGAACCUGCGGAAACUGCACCGCGCUUGCCGGGUGCCCUUCGUCACGCACCGUGUGCGUUGUACCCGGGCACAGCACUUGCAUCGAGCCUGAAGAGAAUUCCUCCGCGACAGUCUACGUCCCCAUCGUGGCUGCGCUUGGAGCACUGCUGCUCGUGGUGUUGCUGGUCGCGAUUGUUCUCUCGCGUCGGCGAAAGUCGACCUCUGCCGCCGAAAGCAAAGCCGACCUCGACAUCACAAUGAUGACUAUGAACCCUCUCAACCUUAGCAACAAGACCUCACGUACGACCUUUACAGAGGAUGCACCCGGCAUUUACGACCGGCUGUCGCAAAACCCGCCCAUCACGUACCAGGUGUUUUCAUCUGACGCGCCCGAUAACUAUGCCCCACCGACUGCCCAGUACAUAGACUUUACGGCGUCCCAGGAGUACACCGCCUCCGAUGAAAAGCCAGCGCAACCGCCCAGUCAGUACACGAAUAUGAUGGGUCUCGCGUCGGACGGCACACCCGUUCCCAGCGCGAUCUAUGCCAACUAUGCUGAGCCAGCCUCUGUCGUGUACGCUACCGCCGACACGAGCUGAGCUUUGCGAUUUCUCCUUUCUUUUUGUUCCUGUUUUGAUUUUGAUUUUGUUUUGUUUUGCGACGCUUUCUCAGAUUUUUGCCGCUGGUUGGUUUUUUUUUCUUAUUUCUGCUGCCUGUUUGUUGGACAUUGAAUGCCAUUUUG